AUGACUAUCGACCCGAAUGUGUCAUCAACUCCAUUCGCCUCCAUCCGUGAGCUGAGUGAUUUCGCGCAAGAAGAUGAAAUUCUCUUCUCGAUGCAUACAGUUUUUCGAAUUGGUGAAGUUCGGAAAAUUGACGAGAAAAGUCCACUUUAUGAAGUGGAUCUCAAGCUGACGGCAGAUGAUGAUCAACAACUCCGUCAAUUAACCAAUAGUAUAGUAGAAGAGAUCGAUGGGGAUGGAUGGCACGGAAUGGGCAAAUUGCUGCUCAAAAUAGGUCAAUUGGAUAAGGCCGAAGAAUUAUAUACCGCAUUACUAGAACAGACAUCGGACGACUGUGAUAAAGCACAUAUCUAUCACAUGCUUGGAUGGGUGAAAGAUGACCGAGGACAAUACAAAGAAGCAGUUUCAUUUUAUGAGACAUCUCUCAAAAUCAAGGGGGAAACUGUUUCAGAAGAUCAUCCUUCAUUGGCGAUUUCCUACAAUAACAUCGCCCUAGUGUAUAAUAACAUAGGUGACUACUCGAAAGCACUUGAAUUUUACGAAAAAGCACAUAAAAUAAAAGAAAAAGCUCUGCCUCCCAGUCAUCCAGAUUUGGCUAGUUCCUACAACAACAUUGGUGGAGUGUAUUACGCCAUGGGUGACUACUCGAAAGCACUUGAAUUUUACGAAAAAGCACAUAAAAUAAGAGAAAAAGUUCUGCCUCCGAAUCAUCCCGAUUUAGCUGUUUCCUACAAUAACAUCGGACAAGUGUAUAACAACAUGGGUGACUACUCGAAAGCAGUUGAAUUUUACGAAAAAGCACAUAAAAUAAAAGAAAAAGCUCUACCUCAGAAUCAUCCCGGUUUGGCUAUUUUCUACAACAACAUCGGUGGAGUGUACUACAGAAUGGGUGACUACUCGAAAGCACUGGAAUAUCACGAAAAAGCACAUAAAAUAUUUGAAAAAGCUCUGCCUCCAAAUCAUCCCGAUUUGACUACUUCAUACAACCACAUCGGUGGAGUGCAUGACAGAAUGAGUGACCACUCGAAAGCACUUGAAUAUUCCAAAAAGGACUUGGAAAUCACAAAACAAGCUCUGCCAUCGAAUCAUCCUGAUCUGGCUUAUUCAUACAACUGGUUUGGAAAGAUUUAUAGCAGUAUGAAAGAUUAUCCAAGAGCACUUGAGAAUUUUGAAAAGUGUCUCUCAAUAUGGCAGAAAGCAUUACCUGAAAAUCAUCCCCUUCAGGCUUUGACAUAUAGUAAUAUUGGUGAUGUUCAUCGAUUAAUGGGAGAUUAUGAAAAAGCACUUUCAUUUCAUAGAAAAGCGUUAAAUAUUCAAGAAAAUGUUCAAUGUAAUUCUCUACAAUGUGCAACAACAUAUAUAAAUUUAGGUGAAACUUAUCGAGAAAUGAAAGAUUAUUCAACAGCAUUGACAUAUUUUCAAAAAGGAUUAGAAAUGCGUCAGAAGAAAUUACCAAAAGAUCAUCCUGAUUUAGCUGUUGUAUAUCACAAUAUGGCAAAAUUAUAUUUAUCUACUCGACAAUAUAAUAUGGCAAUGACAAAUAUUCAACAAACGAUUGAAAUUGCACAAGAAAAAUUACCUUCAACUCAUCCUCAUCUUUCGGCCUAUAAAGAAACAUUUGAAAAAAUUCGAAAACAAAUGUAA